AUGGACGCGGCGGAGGUAGAGAUCCGACUGCGCGCGUUCUACGCCAAGCACAACCCAGGCAACGACCAGAACAUUGCAGAGAUUGUACGUCGAUUCGAAGGCCGAGAGCAGCAAUUGUGCGCGAAACUGUAUCAAAAGUACGGAGAAGAGCUGGACCUGACGGGGAACGCUGGCGGUCGCGCUGACGAAGCGACGACAGGAGGUGCAGAAGUGGUCGCGAACGCCACGUACGAGCGCGACUUCAAGCCGUACGCACUGCCUCAAGCCACUGCAAGUCCGUUGGAUGUCCGUUCGGCUCAAUUUGAUGCUCGCAAAGCUCUCGAAGCUCGAACAGAGCACGUCCAGCUGCCUGUGACGACGGUUUAUCCAUUGGACAACAUCCAAAAGUGUCGGCAUUUGCUACCAGAGUCGGAUCCGAACCGGAAGGCGCUCGUUAGGCUACAGAAGUCACGACCGUCGGCAGUAGCAAAGGAAAAAGAGGCGGCGUGUAUAAAGAGGAUGGGAGAAUCUGCUGCUGCACCGUCACUUUUCGAGCAGCUCGCGGAUACGUACUUGGAUGGACCGUUUCGCGUCCUACGUCGGUGUUUUCUUGAGCGGACAAAGGUGUUCGUUGUACUUCGUCGUGUCAAUAGCGUGCGUGGCACGUGCCAUGGGUUUUUGAAAGCGUUUGAUAAGCACCUGAAUCUGGUGAUGCUGGACGUCACGCAAGAGUUUGUUCCCCACUUCACCCAUGAAAAAGUACUGCGACAAGUACAGGAAGGGACUCGCACUACUAGCGAUGCUGUGUUCUCGGCAGCAAAUGGACGUCGCAAUCGACGCGUCUUUGCUGGUGCGGGAGGCACGCGGCGCGUGUACGUCAAGCAGUUAUUCAUCCGUGGUGACAACGUUGUAUCAGUCAGUGCCGAUUUCGCCGACUCGGCUGUUGACGGGUCGCGACAGAGCUGA